AUGGAAGGCCAGGCAGGCAUCUCUCAGAUACAGCACUUGAAGGUGGGCGGCUACAGCAAUGCCUUCCAGGUCUCGAAGUCAGUACGACUCAGAGGGUUCAAAGCUGUGUAUGAUUACGGAGGAUUUUUAUCAUCUCAACAUCAUGAACAGACCCUUACAGAACUGUGGAAGUUAGACAGUGUAAACAGAACUUUAAGGUGUGUGACUCCAGACAAAUAUGAUCUCCUGUUAUAUGAUCCUGACAAUGCAUUCCACUCUGCAGUGUGUCUGGGAAAAGCAAAUAAAGUACAGAGUCUCUUAGAACAGGAAAAAUGCAAUGUAAAUGACAGAGAUGGUAACAAUAGAACUGCUCUGCAUUUUGCAUCCUGUUACGGAAUGGCAGAAAUAGUAAAUAUCCUAAUGGAAAACGAUUGUGAAAUUAAUGCACUUGACAAUCAGAAGACAACACCGUUGAUAAAGGCAGUACAAAUGUGUGAAGAAAACAUUGUGUAUUUACUCCUGGAACACGGGGCUGACCCAAAUAUAAAGGAUGCAGAUGGCAACACCGCUUUGCAUUAUGCGGUUUAUGUGGGUAAACCAGCAAUCGCCGCUGCUCUUCUUCCCUACGGAGCAAACAUCGAAGAAAAGACUGAGGAUGGCUUCAGUCCUCUAUUACUGGCCCUCAGAGAAAACCAGCUUCUAAUGGCAGAAUUUUUAAUAAGAAGAGGAGCAGAUAUACACGUGUCCGAUGAUCAACAAAGAACGACAUUAAUGUAUGCAGUCAAAUCUGACUCAAAACGUAUUGUUGAUCUUCUGCUUAAGCUGGACAUUGAUGUGUUUUUGAAAGAUUCCUUCAGUUGGAACGCACUGAGAUAUGCUAUUAUGGGCCACCGUAAAGUUGCUCGUACUAUUUUGGAACACCAGGAUUCAAUAAUUAGACAUAUCCAAAGAUCCAAUAGAGAUUUAGUGCUCAUUGUGGAAGAUGUGAUAGAAAAAUUGUAUAAGAGCCAGAGGCAAUGA